AUGUCAUCCUCAAACGCUCCCUCUAUCGACGGGACCUCUGCCCUGACCUACCGCCGCACUUUUUUCAUCGUCGCCGCGUUUGCCGGCACGCUCGCCCUCACUCAGCUCCAUCGAUAUUUCUUCCCUUCUCCGACAGCUUCCCAGUCCCUCCAUAGACGAAAUGCGGUACGACAUCAAAGACAUUCGCAGAGACGGGGCGGGAUAUCCCUCCCUAGUGGAGAGACGUAUGAAUCCUCCGGUCCGCUAGCACCCUCACUUGCGCUGGCUCAGCGCGAACAACAAGGCAGAAGCUACGGCCAUUUUACGCUUCGGGUUGAUGCUGAGCAUACUCUGCAAUGCCCCCUUUUGCCCUCACAGCUGGCAUCCGUCGAGAGCAUACAACGGGAGAUCGGGGCCAGCCUGGAGAGCGCAAACUUGAUGCGCCAUAUGAUAGAAGACGAAUUUCUUACGCGGUUUCUCGUAGCUGAGUUUCCGCCGUCGCAUGUUAUUCUUCUUUCUACCGGGGAAUGGAGGUUUCUGCUCAAUGAGCUUACGUCUCGUGGAAUUUCAGAGGCUGCUGUCAACAAUGCCUUUACGCGGUUUAACGAGAAUCCACACUUUGGCGAGCAACCAGGCCCUGAACGGCCAGGGGGACAGGAAGACACAAGCCCGGUGGCGAAUACCAAUGGUAUACCAGCAGAUCAACCCCUUCCACCCCAGCCUGAGAUAGGAGACACAACCAUAGAUGACCAGAGUCUCUUCUCAUGGAGAGACGGUACCAACGACACAGCUCCGCCGAGAGAAGGGCAAAAUCUGCUCAAUUUGCUUUACCAUAUAGCUGAGGACCAAGCAAGGCGUGAUGGCUAUAUACAUCGAGGAGUAACGUGCAACAGCUGUGGUGUCAUGCCAAUCCAAGGGAUCAGAUACCGCUGUUCAAACUGCAUUGACUAUGACCUUUGCGAGGCCUGUGAAGCCUCCCAAGUUCAUAUUCUAACCCAUUUAUUUUACAAAGUUCGAAUACCUACUCCAUCACUGGGGAGUGCGAAGCAGGUCCAGCCAGUUUUAUACCCGGGAAAGCCGAAUAUGCUUCCUCAAACCCUUCCUAGGAACGUAGCUAAGCGGCUCAAAAAGGAAACAAACUUUGAGAAUACCGAAGUUGAUGCACUUUGGGACCAGUUUAGAUGUCUUGCAAAUGUUGAAUGGCCUGAAGAACCAAACGGCCUUCCGCUGGCAAUCGAUAGAAAGACAUUUGACCGGUGCUUUAUCCCUAACCGGCCCCCUCCCCCAAGCCUUAUUUAUGAUCGAAUGUUUUCCUUUUAUGAUACCAACGGUGAUGGUCUCAUCGGGUUCGAAGAGUUUUUGAAAGGCUUAGCAAGCUUCGGUAACAAGAGCAUGCACGAACGUCUUAAACGGAUAUUUGCGGCUUAUGAUAUAGAUAGAGAUGGUUACGUGGAACGGAAAGAUUUCUUGCGAAUAUUCAGAGCAUACUAUACCCUGAGUAGAGACUUAACCAGAGACAUGAUGUCUGGAAUGGAGGACGAUUUCAUGGAGAGCGGCUCUCGAGACGUGGUGCUAGGGAGCCAACCUAUAAGUGCUGCAUUUCCCGGAACCAUACCUGGAUCAGAUCAAUCCAGAGCUGGUGAAGGCAAACGUACGAAUUUGCAGGGUGACCUCGAGGUAAUCGAUAACGACGGUACAGUAAGAGAGGAUGGAGAUGAAACAGGCGAUAGAGACAUUGUUCUAGGAGACGCAGCUCUCAGAGAUACACUUGGACCCAAUCGCCAUCGCCAGCGAGAUCCAUCAAGGUCAGAUAGUACUACUCAAGGACCAUACUAUGGGCCAAGGUCAAGCGACUCGGCCGCUGAUCAUGGAGACGGCUUUGACCUUAUUUGUUCCGGUCCAUACCCGUGUGAGAAUUUCUUGAACUGGCCCCCUGCCGAGCACGUUCAACGUGAGGAUAUCAUCAACGCUCUCGGGGCAUAUGUGCCCCUUGAAGAAGUCACGGAUUUUGUUGAUAGAGCUAGGAUUGGAACUUGUCUUAUUGAGAGACUAAAUGCUGCAGAAGCGGAACAUCAGUCGAACAUAAGGCGGGAGGGCAUUGAAGAGCGAUGGCGACGACGGGCAUUCUACCUUGAGGAGGAAGAGGGCAGAAGCGGACCACCAUUGUACCAAGGAAAUGAGGACGACUAUGAAGCAGCAACGUCUGAUCGUGAGUGUAAUGAGGAUUCAGAUUGGCAUAAUCCUACCCCAAGGUCCCGGUCGUCAUCGAAAGUUCGCUUCCAAGACGAUGUCACUGACAACGAAUAUGAAACCCGCUCGAAUCAAUCUACAUCAUCACGCAGCAUCCAAUUGGGCGAACGAUGGGGUGGUUAUGAAAUUCCAGAAGUUGAAAGGGAUGCAGGCAAGGAGAUUCUAUAUCAAGUCACUCAGCAAGGGUUAAAUGAGCUCCUAGAUCUUAUUUUUAAACCUAAGGAAGAUCUCCUCAUGGAAGCCUAUCGUACCCGUAUAGAACGCAAGCGAUGGGCCAAGGAGAUUGAAAGAUUCCAGGAGAGAGGGUAUCGUGUCAAGGAUUUCCAGAACUUCGUUCGCAGGCACGCGAGCGGGGAUGAUACAGAUGACCCCGAAUCUACUGGUAACAAGACUCUGAAGGAUCUUCUUCAAGAGAGCGGUUUCACAGUCGACCCGGACUUUCUUGAGGAAGUCGAGCGCGAGGAGGAAGACGGCCUUGACCGGGUUUAUUCGCCCCAAGCAGAGGGUAGCAUAACUUCUGACCAUUUGAGUGAUCACGAAGUUGAUUAUAUGCCAAUAGCACCCGAAAGCAAUAAUUUCCAAGGUGACACGGAAUCGCCAUCCUCUUCUGAGAACAACCUAUCUCCGCCUCCUGACCCUACUCUCCCACAAAACCGACCGAAUGAGGAGGAUCUAGCACUCGAGCACAUGCCUCACGGAGUUCAUCACUCACCCCAGCCCCAUUCUGCGGAGCCGCAUCCUAUAUACGAAUCUGCAUCUACUUCAACGUCAACUUCUGGACCUUCUCACCACCGCCUAUCUAGCCAACGUAGAUCACGCAACCGCUCAUUACCUCUUCGACUACGCUUCCAACAGUCUCCGCCGCUAAAUCGCACGCGAAGCAACUCCGGCUCAUCAACAGCGUCUUCAUCUUCUGCCCCUUCUGUGAAGAAUGCUGUUCUUCCAUCCCCACCACCCUCCCCGAAGAUUCUAUCUCGUUGGGCAAAAUUAAACCAUGCUGAACAAGAAGCCAAAGAAAGAGGCGGAUCAGGAGCUAAGCUUAAUUUCGAAGAGUUUGCCAUGAGGAUGCAAGGGGAAAGGGGGAAGAGGCUUGGUUUUGUGGCAAGCUGGAUUGAUAUGACUACCUUUUAA